AGGAGCGGCACUAUAAGAAUAGGUACCAUUUCAAGGUUUCAUUCACCAAAACACCUUUUGGUUUCCACUUUCCAGUGAGACAGAGUGCAGAGCAGUUUAAGUUAUUACCAAUGGCUACUAAGGUUUACAUUGUUUAUUAUUCUAUGUAUGGACAUGUUGAGAAGCUAGCUGAAGAGAUAAGAAAAGGGGCUGCUUCCGUGGAAGGAGUAGAAGCAAAACUCUGGCAGGUACCUGAAACAUUGCCUGAAGAUGUCCUUGGGAAGCUAGGAGCACCUCCAAAGAGUGAUGUUCCAAUUAUUACACCCAAUGAACUUCCUGAGGCAGAUGGUGUGCUGUUUGGUUUUCCCACAAGGUUUGGAAUGAUGGCUGCCCAAUUCAAAGCAUUUUUAGAUGCAACUGGAGGACUAUGGCGCACACAAGCACUAUCAGGAAAGCCUGGUGGCAUCUUCUAUAGCACUGGUUCUCAAGGAGGUGGCCAAGAGACUACCCCGUUGACAUCUAUUACUCAGCUUGUUCAUCAUGGAAUGAUUUUUGUGCCCAUUGGAUAUACAUUUGGUGCUGGCAUGUUUGAGAUGGAGAAGGUUAAGGGUGGGAGCCCAUAUGGUGCAGGAACUUAUGCUGGAGAUGGCUCAAGGCAGCCUUCAGAAUUAGAAUUGGCCCAAGCUUUCCACCAGGGAAAGUACUUCGCCGGCAUUGCAAAGAAGCUAAAGGGAUCCCAAUGAUUUUUAUUCUCCAUACAUCUCCCACAGCAUAUUAUGUA